CGUUCCAGAACACUCGGCAGGGUAAAUUUUAUGUUUUCAGUCAGCAAAGAAAAUAUGCAUUUCUUUUGGUGACAUGGUUUUGACUAAGAAUGGGUAGGAAAAAAAGAACCUCAGUUUGCCAGAGAAAGAAAUACCAUUAUAAAAAGAGGAAGUUCACAAAAGAAGAUGAUAAUUGUCUGGUGAAAAAUGGACCUCUUGUGGAACAUGGAUAUAGUGUGCCACAUGAACUAAAAAUUGUAGAAGAAUCGGAGAAGUGUGAUCCGCAGGGAGGCUGGGAGUAUCAAUGUAGUGCUCCAAGUGAAAUGAUUAAACAUGAAACAGAUAAUUGUGAUGCACAGGUAGACUGGGAAAAUAAAAAUAAUGCUCCAGGUGAACUAGAAGAAACCAUAAAAUGUGAACCACAUGUAGUCGACUGGGAAUAUAAUGUUCAACAUGAACUAGAAGAAACAAUGAAAUGUGAACCCCAUGUAGACUGGUACGCCCUCACAACAACUGAUUUUCAGACUAAUGAUGAACCUACACAUACUGAUCAUGAAUUUAAGCAUGUUCAACUCGCUGAGCCAACCAUCGAGAUAGAAACUGCACUCGCACCUCUCCAAAUCCUUUAUAACGACCUGCAAGCAUGCGAAUUUCUCAAAAUGUAUUAUCUUUUAGACUUCAAUGAUGAUGCUAUAAAUAUCAUAGAAAUGUACCGCAGUUCCCCAGAGAGAACAGGUGUCAAACUUUCAGUCGUUAUUGAUACAGAGUUUCAUGCCAAUCUUUUUGUACAUAGGAAAGAAGUGUCAAAAUCUCACCCAUGUUGGGAUGGAAUGCCCAGUGAGUUUUCAACAGCAAUGUUGGUAGAGAACCUAAUGAGAAGAUUAAGAACUUUUUCUGUUUGUUUUGGAAAUCCUGAUGAGGAAUUUCAUAGCAUUGCCCCGGUGAACUGUUUGGUCAAGAGUGGGGUUACUAACCAUAUAGUCGCAUUUCGAGAAGGGGAUUUUUGUGCCACUGUGGGGGAUGUUUCAUAUAGCUCAUGCAUCCGAUCUGUAAACUGCUCUUUGAUAGUGGAAAGCAGCAGAUGCAAGCCUUGCCAAGGGGUUCGUCGAAUGCUUAAGUCAAGAAAAUCAAGAGAAAUAGAAAGAUCUAUAAAAACAAAAGAUAUGAAUUUUGUUCACAGUAAGACAUCACAUAAAAUAAUGAGCAGGACAAAUUUGAUCACUAAAAUUGAACAGCAGAAAGAGGAAAUAAAAUUAUUGUCCAGUGAAGUAGAGAGACUGAAGAAACUGUGCAACAAAGGACGUGUCUGGAGUAUUUCAGAAAAGAAUGAAAGUAUACUAAUAGCCCACCCAUUUUGUAAAAUAGCAUGGUCAAACCUUAAUUCAUUGAAAAAAUGAUUGAUUGUACUCCAGUCUACAGAUGUUCAAUAGAAGCAAACUUGAAUGACGUACUUGGAAUUAUAAAUUGAGAUAAGCUGGGGACUUGCUUAACCAUUUUUUUUUCUUCAAAAGUCAAAUGAUGUGUAAACUGAAAGUCAUUUGUUUACUUUACAAAGAUGUAUUAGAACAAUGAAUGCACUGAGAGAUGUAACAAUGCCUAUUAGUCAUACCCAGUGUCUUUCAAUCACGUGCAGGUGUAAAGUAAGUUCCAAAGAUGUACCCGUAUCUGAAUCAUGCAAUAAAGAGAUCAUUAGAUAUUAUAAAUGUACAA